AUGCCGAAAGAGCGCAAGUCUCUCCAGUUCCCCAAGUUCCUGAUCCCUUCCAUCUUUCCGAAAAGAACUGCGGGGCAUCCAGACUCCGCACCAAAGUACCUCGAUGGCCAUGCCUCAUACCUACGCUGCGCCGGCUGCGCCUCCCACCUCUGCCUAACCUCUCAAAUAAUCAGCAAAGGGUUCACGGGCCGCCACGGUCGAGCAUACCUAGUCUCAGCGGAGCCCGUAGCCACAGCCGUCUCAGUCUGCUCGUCAUCCUCGCCCACAGUCUCACUACCCAACACCACACUACAACAUCCGGUACCUCGUCAGCUUGUGACAGGUGCACACACCGUCAGCGAUGUAAGCUGUCGGUUCUGUGACAACGUUCUAGGCUGGAAAUAUGUCGCAGCAGAGGAAGAAUCCCAGCGUUACAAAGUGGGGAAAUUUAUCCUGGAAACGAAGAAGAUAAUCACCGCCUCGUGCUGGGAGUCGCCGCCGAAUGUACAUACUAAUGCGGAGGAAGAUCGCUCGGGGGCCGAGUCGGGUCCUACGGAGGCUGAGUUCGAUAGUCAGGAUGAGGACGAGUGUGAAGAUCUCUUUGCUGGGAUCUGGAGCCCUGGCCUGGCUGCGCGACGGAGAAAUCGCAAGGUUGAUCGCCGGCCUGCUAUGUUCGGAAUCUAA